UUAUUCUAAAAAUUUUCUUUUUUUAUUAUUUAUGCUUAUCUAUUUCCCUUCAAGACAACUCGUAACAUAACCUAAGACUUGACUUUCUCUCUAAGCCAUCUCGAUUCCUUCCCACCUACAACCACACCCAAUUGAUUGAUAUUUCCGAUUGUGGAAAGAAAAGCAAAAACGCCAUCGCGUGCGUACAAUAUAAUGAGAUCGGGGCCACUCCAUUUCCAGCAAUCAUCUUACACAAUAUCCGACAUUCCGCUAUCCCAGCGGAGUUCGCUCUCGUGCUCUCAAUAUGGCGGUAGCACACGAUAAAUCCGCGCCCAUGUCAGCGCCUAUCAACCAGAGAGAAGACGAAAAAGGCGAUGGCUCCAGCGGCGAUAUGCGCGAGACCUUGGUCGAGGUAUCGACCCAGAAUCAGCUGCUCCGUCACUUGGGAAAUCGCCAAAUCCAAUUGAUCGCCGUAGGAGGCAGUAUUGGUACCGGACUUUUUGUUAGUAUUGGUACUGGUCUUGCUAAGGGUGGUCCUGCGGGUCUUCUUAUCGGUUAUACUAUCUACGCUAUUAUGGUCGCCCUCGUGAACAACUGCCUCGCCGAGAUGGUCACUUAUAUGCCUGUGUCCGGUUCCUUUAUCCGAAUGGCUGGUAGAUGGGUAGACGAGUCGCUAGGAUUUAUGGCCGGAUGGAAUUUCUUCUUCUAUGAAGCCUGUCUUAUCCCCUUCGAGAUCUCCGCUAUCAAUCUUAUCCUUGGAUUUUGGCGGGAUGAUAUUCCAGUGGUAGCUGUAUGUGUAGCAUGUAUUGUGCUUUAUGCUGCUAUUAAUAUUCUAGCUGUACAGUAUUUCGGUGAAGCUGAAUUCUGGCUCUCGAGCGGUAAGAUCUUGCUUAUCUGCAUCCUGUACAUGUUCACUCUAGUUACCAUGUGCGGAGGCAACCCUCAGCAUGAUGCCUUCGGUUUCCGAUAUUGGUCGACUCCAGGAGCCUUUGCUACGUAUAUCCACGAUGGUUCUCUAGGCCGUUUCGAGGGUUUUCUUGGUGCCAUCUUCUCCGCCGGUUUCACUGUUGUCGGACCCGAAUACCUUGCCAUGGUUGCUGGAGAGUCGAAACGCCCGCGGACUUACCUAAAAAAUGGAUUCAAGACUGUGUAUUGGCGAUUCGGCAUAUUCUUUAUUGGCGGUGCCCUUUGUGUCGGAAUUGUCCUCCCAUACACCGAUCCUAAAUUGGCGAAUGCGGGCAACGGUACUGCGGACGGCUCGCCCUAUGUCAUUGCGAUGCAGAAUCUAGGUAUUGGAGCACUACCACACCUUGUUAAUGCUCUCUUGAUCACGAGUAUUUUCAGCGCCGGUAACGCCUAUACCUACUGCGCCAUGCGAUCUCUGUACGGUCUUGCUUGCGAAGGACAGGCACCCCGUAUCUUCCAGAAGACACUGAAGAACGGUAUCCCUAUCUAUGCCUUCGCAGUCGUGAUGAUCUUCCCAUUCUUAUCACUUCUUACGAUAUCGAAUAACUCGGCGAAGGUCGUUACGUGGCUACAAAGUCUUACCCAGGGUGCUCAGAUGAUUAACUACAUCGUCAUGAGUUUAACCUACAUAUUCUUCUACUAUGCUACUAAGGCGCAGGGUAUCGACCGACGAACGCUACCUUACUACGGUUACUUCCAGCCGUACUGUGGCUACAUUGCCUUAACGUGGAUGAUCAUUAUCGAGGCUAUCUUUGGUUAUUCGGUAUUCUACAAGGAUAAAUGGGACAUCGGCACCUUUUUCUCCAACUACACGAUGGCUUUGGUCGCUUUCUGUACCUUUUUCGGCUGGAAGAUCUUCAGGCGCACCCGAUACGUCUCCCCUGCGGAAGCAGAUCUCGUAUGGGACAAGCCAGCCGUCGAUGCAUACGAGGCUUCCCACAACGAACCCCCGACUCGAUUCCGCGACGAAAUAAUGUCUAUGUUCAUGGGGAAGAGGAAGAAGGAGAAUUAUAUGGGAGAGGAUCCGAAUUAAGAGACGGAUUUAUACACGUGAGGUUCAAGACUACACAAUUCUAGAAAUUUCGG